AUGCCGAUCCCAAAUCCCAAUCCCGAAUCCUCUACUACACGGCCAGAAUCAAACCAGAGCAUGCCAAGCCAAGAGGGUACAAGCCUGGUUGAGGGUAGAGAACCCCCUGUUUGCUCCUUUCAUUUUACUGACCAUGCUUUAGGAACUUCGGAACUCGAGCACGACAUAAUAAGCGACGGUGAUCUUGUACUUAUCGUCGGAGCGGACGAAAAGCGGAUCAGAAUUACGGUUCAGGCUGCCCGCGUGUGUUCACACAUUCUUGGACAAAUACUUGAUCAACACAAUAUCACUGAUGCUGACAAUACGGGUCGGGUUCGUGAGCUUAGGCUUCCAAACGACAGUGCUACCGCGACUCGAAACGCAUUUGGCAGCAUCUAUCCUGGCAAUCCCCAUACGGACGAUCUGUUGCCAGCAGAGAUCUACGAUGUGGUCGUGUUUGCCAGGAAGUAUAAGAUGAUUCCCGAAUUCAAGAAGGUCGCUCUAAACUGGUUCCGCCCAAUAUUAUGGGCCCACUGCUUUCAUCUGCUUCGUGGUCUGGAAGAAUGUUGGCAUCUAAUGAUGGCAGCGCAUUACAUGCUUCUCGAGUAUCCCAAUACGCUCCCUGAAAUCGGUUUUGCAUUCUCCAAACUGAGCGAGCGACUGGUGAGGGCCAGGAACCAAUAUCACAACGCCCGCUUAGUAGAACCGGGGCCAGACGCUGACGAUAUUGAAGUCGAUAUCUACCGUAAGAUACUCAUCCCCCUUCAUCAUGCAUAA